CUUACUGUUUUGUAUGUAUGUGUGUGUGCGUGUGUGGGUCGCUGCCGUGUUUUUGUGCCGCCGCAAAAAAUCGAAAUUAAAAGUGUUUGCUGUUGCCCAACGACCGCAAUUUUGGCAAUUAUAAAUUAUUAGUUAUCACACGGAGUAACCAAAGAGACCAGAUCAUCCCAAGGAGGGCGGCGUGCAGUGGUAAAACGGAGACAACGCGCCAACACCCACAGUAGCAGCAGCAGCAGCAGAGAGCAGAAGCAGCAGCAGCAGCAGAGAAGCCGCCGUGGAAGACAGAGCUCCGUUUUCCAGUUCCUCCUCCGGUAACGAGUCCUUUGGAACAUGGACAGCAAGGGUCGCAAUGUCAUUGUCUGUGAUAACGGCACAGGGUUCGUCAAGUGCGGAUAUGCCGGCAGCAAUUUCCCCGCCCACAUUUUCCCCUCGAUGGUGGGGCGACCGAUCAUCAGGGCGGUGAACAAAAUCGGGGACAUCGAAGUGAAGGAUUUACAUGUCGAUGAUCUGAUGGUCGGCGAUGAGGCGUCACAGCUGCGAUCCCUGCUCGAGGUCUCCUACCCGAUGGAGAACGGUGUCGUACGAAACUGGGAGGACAUGUGCCACGUCUGGGACUAUACCUUCGGCCCCAAAAAGAUGGACAUCGAUCCAACGAACACAAAAAUCCUGCUAACAGAGCCGCCCAUGAAUCCUACGAAGAAUCGCGAAAAAAUGAUCGAGGUGAUGUUUGAAAAGUAUGGCUUCGAUUCCACGUACAUUGCCAUCCAGGCUGUGCUAACGCUAUACGCCCAGGGUCUCAUCUCCGGCGUGGUGGUGGACUCCGGUGACGGUGUAACGCACAUUUGUCCCGUCUACGAGGAGUUCGCCCUGCCCCAUCUGACGCGGAGAUUGGAUAUUGCUGGUCGCGACAUCACCCGGUACUUGAUAAAGCUGCUUCUGCUGCGUGGUUAUGCCUUCAAUCAUUCCGCUGACUUCGAAACGGUGCGCAUCAUGAAGGAGAAGCUCUGCUACAUUGGCUACGACAUCGAAAUGGAACAGCGAUUGGCCCUGGAGACGACGGUCCUGGUGGAGUCCUACACACUGCCCGACGGUCGGGUAAUCAAAGUCGGUGGCGAGCGAUUCGAGGCACCCGAAGCACUAUUCCAGCCGCAUCUGAUCAAUGUUGAGGGUCCUGGCAUUGCGGAAUUGGUCUUCAAUACGAUCCAGGCGGCAGAUAUUGAUAUACGGCCAGAGCUAUACAAGCACAUAGUCCUCUCUGGUGGCUCCACCAUGUAUCCGGGUCUGCCCAGUCGACUGGAGCGAGAGAUCAAGCAGCUUUAUCUGGAACGAGUACUCAAAAACGACACGGAAAAACUUGCGAAAUUCAAAAUACGCAUCGAGGAUCCGCCACGGCGCAAGGAUAUGGUCUUCAUUGGCGGCGCCGUGCUGGCGGAGGUAACGAAGGAUCGCGACGGCUUCUGGAUGUCCAAGCAGGAGUAUCAGGAGCAGGGCCUGAAAGUAUUGCAAAAGCUCCAAAAGAUCAGUGUUUAGAAAAGGAUACAGAAAGAGAGAUAGAGAGAGAGAGAGGAGGAGAGCGAGGACACUUGCAACCGGUGGGAUGAGAUGAUGUUGAAGACGAGAAUGAACAAUUGUAGCAAUUCCUUUUUGGCUAGUUUGUAUAAGUUGAAAAAUUUUCAGUUUCGCGUGUAAUGUACUAUUUUUUUAUGUGUGCCUGUGUGUGUCUGUGAGAGUGCUAUUGCGUGUGUAUGAGUGUGUAAGAGUCCUUUUGUUGUCCGCUUCCCAGUUUUGAUAUUUUGAACUCUACUAUCCCCAGCCUAAUGAAAAAUGUAAUGUUUCUUUCGCUGCCUGAACAGCGCUAAAAAAAAAAACGAAAAUAGUAACAAAUAUGCCGCCUAAAUUGUGUCAACUGCAUUAUUAUAUAUAUUUAAAUGAUUAUUAAUAUUUACGAUUAAAGCCUAAAUUCCCCGUUCUAA